CGCUAAUCUUCUUCUAUCAUAUUGAUCCUAUUGCCUACCGGUACUUACGGCGAUCAACCGAGAAUCACGGGCUCUCACGUAUCCUGCCACGUAUAGUUGAGAUAUAAAGUAUCCUCCAUCAAUUGGAGCAUCCUUAAUCCUGAAUUACCAGCACAAAGACAAUGGCGCCAACAGUGGAUGUCAACCAACAGACAGCGGCUGAUAUGGAGGCAGCGCGUUCGCGAACCUCGAUCAACGUACAGACCGUUAGGAACCAUCUAUAUGGUGGACAGAAAGUGUGGGAUCUGCGUGAACGCCUGCAAAAGAUUCUUGUGCAAGAACCAUUAUUCGACAAACAGCAGAGGGACUUUCUAGGGCGGACAGAUCAAUAUAUUAGAGCUGCUGCCAUCAUAAACAGGAUCAAUGAGUUGCGUCGGAUUCAUAAUUGGUCUGCAGAAGAGUAUAGUACAGCCACAUCACUUCUUUCCGAAGGGAUGUCGACCCUACUGCACGACAUUGCAUUCCAGCCCGUCUUCCUCGGUCAAGGAUCUUCUGAGUUGAUGGAAAAAUAUUGGGACUUGGUGGACGAGAAGGGCAUUCAAGGGUGCUACUUGCAGACCGAACUCGGCCACGGUACAAACGUAGCUCGUCUAGAAACAACUUCGACAUAUAUCCCUGAAACUCAAGAGUUCGAAAUCAACUCCCCCAGUCUCACAAGCACGAAAUGGUGGAUCGGUGCUGUGGGAAAGUCUGCAACUCACGGCGUUGUCCAGGCGAAGUUAAUCUUGCCGGGUGGGAAGGAUAUGGGUCCUCACCUCUUCUUCGUGCAGCUGCGGUCAUUAGAGGAUCACAAACCUCUCCCAGGAAUCACUGUUGGCGACAUUGGUCCAAAGGCUGGGGGAGGCUCGGCUGCACUUGAUCAAGGCUUUGCGAGAUUUGAUCACAUACGGAUACCCAGGACUAACAUGUUCUCGAAGUUUGCUGAGGUUACGAUGGAGGGUAAUUAUAUCCAACCUCCUCACGCAAAACUCAGCUAUGGAGGGAUGAUGUAUAUCAGGGCAAACAUGAUACCAACAGCCGGAUGGAACAUAGCUAAAGCUGCCACAGUUGCUAUUCGUUACACCACUGUCAGGAGACAAGGCGAACUGGAUGCGAAGGGACUCGAGCGUCAAGUCUUGACGUACCCUUCAACAUACUACCGCUUAUUGCCCAUCCUCUCCAGGGCAUUCGUAUUCAUUGAGCUCGGGGUGUAUACGAAAAAAGCAUUGAGUGUGAUGCUGGAGCAGCUUGCGAAUCGAGACACUUCCCUUCUUCCAGAGAUGCACGCUCUCUUGUGUGGCUUAAAAGUUUUAGUUUCUACGCAUGGAGUCAGUGAUAUCGAAACCGCUCGGCGUUCUAUGGGUGGUCAUGGGUACAGCGCAUUUGCUGGGCUGGGCCGAUUAUACGCUGAUUACCUCCCCGCCGUAACGUACGAAGGGGAAAACUUCGUUCUGGACGGACAGGUGGUACGUGCCGCCACAAAGUUAUGCAAAGCUGUGCUUUCGUCGGCCUCGGCUGUCGCCAAACUUCCCCUUCCAUCGAUCUAUCUACGUCACUUGUCUGCAAAUAGUGCGGUCCCUCCACAAGUCACCGCGUCAACUUGGCAGGAUGUCCCCAGCGUUGUCCUUCUUCUAGAGUGGCGUGCUGCUCUUAUGAUGAAGAACUUCACGAAAACGGGAGAUGUCGAUACGAACGCCAACCAGCGCUUGGCAAAAGCAAUAACAGAGGCUUUUGUUGCCGCGCAGGUCGGCGAGAUGAUCAAUAAUGUAAAAACCUUGCCCUCGGAGGAUGCGAAGGCUGUCGGCUGCCUCUAUAAACUAUACUUGCUAACGACUGCUGAGAGCGCCCUUGUGGAUCUCCUCUCGGUUGGCUUGAUCCGUCACACGGGUGCUGGUGAUCCUACGCAGGACCUCCGUUUAGCUAUUAAAGCCCUUUGCCUUGAGGUUCUGCCCAAUGUUAUUGGACUAACCGAUGCCUUCGGCUUCUCGGACUGGUCCCUCGACAGUGCGUUAGGAGUUUCCGAUGGCCGAGUAUACGAGGCACUCUGGAAACGAGUGCAGCUGGAGCCCAUGAACAAGGAUGAGGUUACUCCGGCUUAUCUUCCCUAUAUACGACCCAUGCUACAACGUGGACAAGCUGCAGCCGAGCAGAGGAAAAAGCUCAAAAGUAAACUCUGAAACGUUGGAUGAUAUUUUCAGAGCAGCUGCCAUCUGUGGGAUGUCGACGCAUGUUCGGACGAAUGAUCUCUGCACUCCAUGAUGUUCAGAACCAUCCGAGUAGCAAUGAUUAUAAGUUAGCAUGGCCUGUAUUCAUAUGUGCUUUUCUUGGAUCUAUGUCAUUCCGUGAGGUAUCUUCAUAAAUACCAGUUUCUGUAUAUUCACACAUCGGGGGUUUCAACAUUUUGCCUCUUGCAAGGUUUUAAUCAAAAGCAGAUCUAGACCUGGCUAGAGCAUGCCAGACCUAGCCUAGAGCGUUCCAGAGCACUCUAGAUUAACUUUCGAAUGUAAUUUCACUGGCGGCAAAAGGUGGUAAAAUGUCAGUUUCCCCGCUGU